AUGGCAGAAGAGCGGGAAGUGAUCAUCAUUGAGCGAUACUGCCCACCCGGGGUAAAAAGCAUCAUCGCUGCCGGAGGUAGCUCUUUCAUUGGAGAAGUCGACGAUUACACCGUAUUCAAAUAUCCCCUUCGAGCAGGUGACGAGUUGACUCUCAACCGACUGGACACGGAGAGACAACUACUCGAUGUCGUUGGACCCCACGAGCGCAUCAUCCAACUGAAGGGUUUUUCCGAAACGGGCCUCUACCUAGAGCGCGCCGUGAACGGCUCUGUGGCCCAGCAUCUCGAAUCUGCGAACCCGCCCCCGAUGCAACGACGACUGUCUUGGUGCCGCGAAGCUGUCGAGGCGGUGGCCUGGGUUCACACGAAGGGGGUCUUCCACUGCGAUAUCAACCCAAGAAACCUACUGCUCGACAGCGACUUUCACGUCAAGCUAGCCGACUUUCAAGGGCAGCAGCUAUCGCCGGACGGGUCGGGGACGGUGCUGCUCGACGGCUGCAGUAGCGAGUCCACCCGGUUCUUCUGCCCCCGGGAGGACGAGUUCAACGGGGACGUCAGGACGGAGCUCUUCGCGCUGGGAUGCACGAUUUACCAUAUUAUCAUGGGCCACCCUGUCUACCCUGACAUUGUGGAUGGGGAAGAUGGAUGGCACGAAAAAGUUCAAAGCAGGUUCAGGGACAAAAAAUUUCCAAGCGACUUGCCCAUCUGCUCUGAAAUAGCCUGGAAGUGCUGGCUGGGUGAAUACGGCUCUGCGGACGAACUCUUGUUGGACAUGGUGGCUGUUGAACCUGCUUGUACCGAGGCAUAG